CUUAACUUUUUCUAAAUUUGUACUUUUAAUAUACAACCGCGAUGUACAAAUAAUCCCUAAAACUGUGUACUCUAGUAGUUAUUCUCUUAUCCAGUUUUUCUAAAUGCCUUACCUUUGAAUUCUUAACCCGCCCAUGAACUUUAGCACUACUUUCGCAAAGGACUUGUUUAAUACAUAUUAUCAGAUUGGAUUAGUGCUAUUUGGAUAUAUUAUUGGGGGGUACACUGGUAUUUUUUUUCUAGCCAUCGGCCUUUUCUCCGUACCCUUAAUAAGUAGUUAUAGAGCGAAUUUAUUAGAUAGUACUUUUGCCUCAAAAAAUUAUAAUAAGCGACACCCCCCCGUAAGGAAUGUGAAAACUACUUUGCCUGUGGCCUCUCAGCUAAAAAGGAAGUGGAUAAAUCCUUUGUUACUUUCUGAUAAUCAAACUAUAAUACCCUCUGAAACUUCCUUACAUUCGAAUCAAAAUAAUAGACAAAAAGAGCUGUCAGAAAUGACCUCAAGAAAGCUUAUAUCAUCACCUUUAUCCUCUUUAUCGGUCGCUCAAACUUCCUCUGCAUCUGCUCAACUCCCCUUAAAAUUUACUCAUAUUUAUGGAGGUGAAUCCAAAGCUAUAACUCCGAACUCACGAAGACCCGAUUCCUUUGCUACUGAGCAUUUUGAGGGCCUCUGUCUUAUUAAAAUACGCACAGAGCCUAACACAGGACCCUAUCAGUCAUAUUUUGAAGGGAGAAAUCGAACUUUCGAGUUUCAAGUUCAGGGUAAGUUUCUUCAUGAUCUUGACCAUGACGAUAAAAUUUGGUUUGGGAUUGAAUUAAAGCGGAAACUCCACGUGGGCCUCAUAGGAAAGGCUAUUAUGAACACCGUGCUUGCCCUUUGUGAGAGAUUAGUAGGCGGUAUUCAUUAUAGCUGGGGCGAAAAGGACGGUUCCGACUGCUCCCACGUCGUAUUUCCCCUGGAAACAACUGUGGAUAGGUUAAUCAUUACCUCGCCGGGUGAGGAGCCCCCGCCCCUCUGCGUGGGGAUGCUCCCAGAGCCCUUGGACAAGAAGGCACGUGCUUCUUUAGAGCAUUACUAUUUGGCCGAGAACACCUACACUUUUAGUAUGCAUGGAAUGUACGUGGAUUUCAUCAAAUGGGCGGUCGUGAACUUUCCUGGAAAGAAGAAAAUAGACAUUCGAACGCUCCUGGGCGAUCUUCCUCUAUGGCUGGUCGCCUACACCGUUAAAAAAAACGAUAAAAUUCACCACCGAGAUCGUAAAAAAUAUUUAUUUUCCUUUGAAAUUGAACAUUCAGGGGGUGAGGUUAUUUGGGUCGAUGAUAAGUGCAGUGUCGGAAACCUCAGCACCACCAGUAAUAUCAUUCCAGCAGCGGCUUUACAUGCAGACAAGACGGAGCUUUCUCAAGAGAGCCUUCAUGAGGUUAUUAACAAGGCCACUUUACCGGAGGAGGGCCAGGAAACUAUAUCAAUCUCAUGUCCAAUGUAUGUCAUUGGAGCCAACAUCCAGCGAGGCGUCUGGUUUGUUGUCAAAAUAUGGAGGAAACCAAAGUCUGCUGUCACUGAAAGCGAGAAAGAGCCGAGCAACGAGGCAUCGGACACUGUUUCUGCCCUUCGCAGCCUCGGUAGCAUCCACGAAUUACAAACCCUUCAUUCGCAUAUUCACGGCUCUUCAAAAGGGUUUCCUGAGUGGAAGUUUAGCCAUGAAGAAACUGCCAGUGCGUUUGCUAACAGUUCACUUUCUACCCACUCUAUUGAACUCGUUAGAGAUGACAUUUCCAAUUUCCUUGCGCAACUUUUGAAAACUACUGAAGGCCGAAAGACGCUGACAUACUUCCUAGACGAACACUUUAACACGCGCUCUGUUCUGUUCACUGGCUCCUUGCGAGAACUGGAUCUGACGGUGAACUAUACUCACGGGGCCGUCUCCAUUGAGGGGAUUGCUGGACGGGCCGUGUGGGAAACUCGUUGGAUGGAAUGUUGGGCCGUUUGCUACGCUUCUCGUCUUUGCUUCUAUUCGAAGAAUCGUCGCAAGUGUGAUAUUGACCUCGACUUGAGAGAUGUUCUAGAGGUUCAGAAAAACCCCGAGAAGUAUUUCCCAGCUUCCUUCCUUAACGUUGCUACUGUUGGCCGCGUUUACUACCUUGCUUUCGAUAGCAAGGCCAAGCGUGACAAAUGGUGGAACAAGCUUAUCGCGCAGGUAAUGGCUGCGCAGCAAAAUCUCGUUAACGUAGGGCAAGUGUUUGGUUUAAAUGACCUUAUUGCCAUUCAAGAAUCCUAUGCGAGCCGCUCAAAACACCGCUGGGAUAGCGAACGGAUUCUCAUGAACGAACGCGUCAUGUACUUUGGCGCCACUCCCCCCGGCAUGGGGGACGUGCACCCUUGUGAUCUCAUGGCCAACUGUCUAAGGGCUGUUCUGUCUCUAGAGGCCGAUUCAUCAAGAGAAAAACUGAUUGCCUUUCUUAAUGAAAUUUCUAAACUCAAGAUUCUUAGCUAUGAACGACUUGUGAGCCUUGAAAACCACGAGAGAGUCUCUUUUUUCAUCAACAUGUAUCAUUGUUUAAUGGCACACAACCUCAUUAUUUUUGGGCCGCCUGCUAUGUCUUCCAGAACUCAGUUUUUUCAGGAACUAAAUUCUUAUAUAAAAUAUGAUCGACAGGAAAUAUAAACUUACGACUGUAUAUAUGCAGAUAAAUAGUUAUGAAUGUGCUAAUAACGUUUUUUCCUUGUUUGAGAUUGAAUUUAAUCUUCUUCGUGGGGCGCUUCCCUUUAUAAAGAAACCCACAAAGUGUCCUCAUACACUCAAGCCAUUUGACCAAUCAGAUCCUCGACGGCCACUUGUGGUUUUCCAAACCGAUCAGCUUUUUAUGCUGAAUGUCCACUGGGGCUCCUCUGCUUUUGGAAACUCUGUUCCUAUUCUUUCUAAGAAUAGCACAGAGUUGCAAAAACAACUACACUCUCUUUCAACAAGGACGGCAGAAACUGCUUUGAACAAGUUAAAGAAUUUAUCAAGUUUAAAUUUUGCAUAGUAUAAUGCAGGAAGUAGAACACUGUUGAUCCAUAAGAGCUUGGAAUCCUUUUUAGUUGAUUUUGACUCAAAGCUGGAUAUGGUCCUCUCCAUACUUCCUUUUUGUUCAGAAGAAAAGAAACACGAAAUUGCAUCGUUUCUUGAAACUUCCGAAAAAAGUUCACGAAAAAUAACUUUUGGCAAGCCAGACGCUGAGUACGUAGCAAGACUGCACGAACUGAAAGAACCAUCCCCUUAGUGAACGUCAGAAAUAUUUUUAUGGGAGUUAAAGCUUGUACUUAACUAUGGCUAUUAAUAAAUCAUCCUUAGA